CCAUGCAAGAGGUUGUGGGUUCAAAUCUCACUGGUAUAUAGAGCCUAUUUUUUCAUUCUACCUUUCUUCCUCUCCUUCUGACUAUGCACUCUUCACCAUUCUCUCAGUCAACCUGGCGUGAGAUCGGGAGCGAGAUGCGCGAAAUUAUUAAUCUGAGGUAACCCGGUGAAGAAAGCUGUCCGUGCCAGCGCAUAUGUACUUACAUUAUCCAUGCCUGAUUGUGGGAGAUGCAGAUAUGUACAGCCAUUUAGCUACCUCCUUGUGCCCUUAGUUAGAGGUUUACACAACUGCCUCUUUCAGGGCUUUUAUACUGGACAUAUACGUUUCUGCAGGUGGAAGAGAAAACCUUCUCUGAGGAUUGAGCAUUGCACAACUACAGUUAGGCCUUUGUGUGACUAGUAGAAGGGACCAGAAUCUGCCCAGUGCCCUGCUUGAUUUAAUCAAAGAAAUGUCCGAUGAUGGACUCUAUAUUCCUGAGAGCAGUAUCACCCUCCGCAGCAUUGUUGGUAAAGGAGAGUUUGGAAUUGUCUACAAAGCCGUAUUACAUGAUGAGAAAGGGUCUGUGGAGGAUUUUGUUGCAGUGAAGACGUUGAAAGGGAUCUUCAGUUUUAAUGAUGUUAGAAGUUUAGCAGAGGAGAGUCAGAUGAUGGCUAAAUUUGAUCAUCCAAAUGUCAUGAAGUUGCUGGGUGUUUCAAUCAGUGAGAGUAGGACCCUCCUCAUUAUCAUGCCAUUCAUGCACAAUGGAAAUCUACUCUCAUACUUGCGAAACAAUAGAGCAGAUUUGACAGUGGAAAACGAGAACAUGACUGAAACGAUUGAAGAGAUGGCUGCGUAUCUACUCUCAAUCUGCCUUCAAAUUGCUAGGGGCAUGGAGUACUUGGCUUCUAACCAGUUUGUUCACCGCGACCUUGCUGCAAGGAACUGCAUGAUUGAUUUGAACCACGUCAUAAAAGUUGCAGACUUUGGUCUGUCGGAGGAGAUCUAUGCCAGAAACUAUUUCAGACAAGCAGAUAUGCAGGAGAGUGGGGAAGGCCCUGUGAAAUUACCAGUCAAGUGGAUGGCUCUUGAGAGCUUGAACGAUGGAGUCUUCUCAGAGAAAUCUGAUGUGUGGUCGUUUGGAGUGACAUGUUGGGAGGUGUUCUCAUUGGGAAGGAAUCCCUACCCUGGAGUGGACCCCUUCUCUCUCAUGAGAUACUUGGAUGGAGGAGAGAGACUUGACAAACCACAAAAUACAGCUUGCUCCCAGGAAAUAUAUUGUAUAAUGAGUGAGUGUUGGGAUUCAGAACCUUGGAAGAGGCCCACCUUCUCAGAGCUGGUGACAGUCAUCUCUGCCAGUCUCCAGGACAUGGCCGGAUACCUGGACCUUACCUGUCCCUCAGUCCGAGCAGAUCUGUAGAUUCCUAGAGACAACAAUUUCAAGUUCAAGUAUACAGCUAGCUAUACACUAUAUAUAAACUCUUGCAAACUAUAUUUAAUGUGCAGUGAGGUGGCUAUACAAUUAUACUUCUUGGAGUGUUUUUCUGCAUUCAUUUUUCUUUAUCCAGC